AAGCUGUACGUGAGAACAAAGUGGUGGAUUGGUAGUAGACCAUCAAUUUGUAAAGUUUCCAAGUGCUGUUCGAAUACUUGUUCGUCUUGUGGCUGCCAUCUCUUGCUGUUUAACUACUUUACUGCCAACUGUCGCCUUAUUCGCCAAUAUGAAUCCAAGGCACUUAAGCUAGUGUCAGCUUUUAUUGUUGUACUAUCGUUACGUUAUUUAAGUUAUUAUGAUGUGUUUUUAACUUUAUCCGUGAAGUUGGAACCAUUUCGUGCGCAGUGACCUGUGGGUAAUGAUCUACAUUUUUCGUAUCAGCAGCAGGGUGAAAUGGCCGCUGUGGAGAGCGGCGGAGGCUUCAGUCAAAAGAGAAACUCACAAGACUCUCAGCAGCCGUCUCCGCUGGCCUUGCUAGCGGCCACUUGCAGCCGCAUCGACACCCCGGGGGAGAACGACGACUCUGGCGAGCAGCAAAGUCAGCAGCAGCUGGACAUGAGUCAGGGCGUCUUCACUUCCAGUGCCAAUGGCUGGCAGGUGGUCCCCAUCAGCGUGCAAGCAUCGUCAUGUGCCAACACCGUCACCACUGACUCCUCCGGGCUGCUGACUGGAGGGGAGGCGGGCAAGAGCAGAGGGGUGCUGUCCCCAUCAUCAUCAGCAGCAGCAUCCACUGUCAGCGCUCAGGGACAGCAGCAGCAGUUUGUCGUAGCUCAGGCGCCAACACUGCAGAGUCAACAAGUGCUCACCACCAUCCCUGGUGUAGUGCCCAAUCUCCAGUAUCAGGUCAUUCCUCAAUUUCAGACUGUAGAUGGUCAGCCAUUGCAGUUUGCCCACGGCCAGCAAGAUGCGGCCAUUCCUUCCAGUGCAGCCGGACAGCAGUUCCAGAUCGUGUCAUCUGCCAAUGGUCAGCAGCUCAUAGCCACCACCAACAGAGGCGCCGGGGCAGGAAACAUCAUAGCAAUGCCCAGCCUCAUUCAGGGUUCCAUCCCCCUCCAGAAUAUCACCUUGGCAAACGGCGUCCUGCAGAACCAGCCACAGUUUCUAGCAAAUAUGCCCGUGUCGCUCAAUGGGAACAUCACACUGCUGCCUAUCAGCACCGGCGCUGGUGGCACAGGAGGAGAUGGCAACGGUGGAGACGCGGGAGGAAGCCAGCUUGUCCAGCAACAGCCAACUUCUUCCAGCAGCGGUUAUAUGACAAGCGCCUCUAGCAACACCACUCAGACCUCCGCCGCCAGCACUUCCUCGUACGGUAUGACCCUAACACAGAGCAGUAACGGAGCGGUGGCGGGGACAUUCCAGCAGAGUGCAGGGUCUUCUCUGGGCGUCCCCAUACAGCCGGACAACCAAGAGGCACAGCAGCCACAGCAAAUCCUCAUCCAGCCCCAGCAGGUUAUUCAGGGAGGAACACCCCUCCAAACCAUCCAGGCCGGUAGUAUCACUACAGCAGGCGGCCAGGUGUUUGCCACCCCGACUGUCUGCCAGGAAGGCCUCCAAAACCUCCAGAUCAUGCCAAACACAGGCCCCAUCCUGUUGCGCACGGUCGGUCCCAACGGCCAGGUCAGCUGGCAGACCCUGCAGAUCCAGAGUCCAGCAGGGGCACAGAUCACGCUUGCCCCGGUGGGCCAGACUCAGGCAGCACCCACAGCCGGGGGUGUAUCGGUCAACACGUUGCAGAUUCCCGGGCUCCAGACCAUAAAUCUCAACACGCUUGGCGGCUCAGGCCUCCAGAUGCACCAACUCCAGAGUGUUCCCAUCACCCUCACCAGCACGGCAGCAGAUCAAACGCUGCAGACGGGCGCCGAGAGUUUGGACGAUAGCACAGCGCUCGACGACGAGGACAUCAGCCCACCGCCACAGGGCCGACGUAAUCGCAGAGAAGCCUGCACUUGUCCUUUCUGCAAGGAUGGAGAAGGACGGAGCGACCCGACCAAAAAGAAACAGCACAUCUGUCACAUCUCCGGAUGCGGAAAGAUCUACGGCAAAACGUCACACCUGAGAGCCCACCUCCGCUGGCACACGGGAGAGCGGCCCUUCGUCUGCAGCUGGUCCUUCUGCGGCAAACGUUUCACACGCUCCGACGAGCUUCAGCGCCAUAAGAGGACGCACACAGGCGAGAAAAGGUUCGCUUGCACAGAGUGUCCCAAGCGCUUCAUGCGUAGCGACCACCUCUCCAAGCACAUCAAGACCCACUUCAACAAGAAAGGCUCGCUUGCCGCCAACAGCGCUGCCAUUUCCGGCGACCCCACCUCACCGGCGACAGACGGCGGCUCAGAGGGCCUGUCAGCCGGCGACCAGCACACCAUCGUCGCCAUGGAAACCCUGUCGGCAGAGAGUAUAGCCCGGCUAGCCAGCAGUGGUAUCAACAUGGUGCAGGUGGACCUGAAUCACAUCAACGGGGCCAGCUACUAAGGGGGAGGUUGCGUUCUAAAGGGGCUCGUCUGAAAGCAGACACCGAACAAGCGCUUCAGGUUGAACACAACAAGAGACACUAUUUCAUUUGAGUUGCGAGGCGGGAAUAUUGAUUUGCAUAUAAAUACCUGUGGCAUUUAAAGUCAGAUCACCUAUGUGUUUACAGAAAUCAUCCCAAAAUCUUAUUUUAUAUUAAUGUUCCCCUUUCACAUCUUCAAUAAUGACGCUGCAAUAAAAUAACAAUACUGAAUUGUUAUCUCCACUACACACUCAACAUUGUCAUCUGCAAACUCAAUACAGGUGGUCCUCUGGUUACCAACGAGUCUGAAUUUUCCCUAAAAUUUUCCCUAACUCCUAAAUCACUCACACUGUACAUAUAGUAAUAAAACAGUGCACAGACUGCAUGACCCCCAACAUUCGUUAGCAUAAAAUCAUCUUUAUCCUUAAUAAUGGUCAUGACAGUGGAGUUGUUGGGGACCAAAAUAACGACCAAAUCGUUGGAUUUGUCUCCUCUCGCUGAGAUUUUUAUGAUGUUCAUUUUCACUUCCAUGGUGAUAGCUUUCCUUUUCUUUGGCGCACUGCCACUUAGGAGACAUAAUGAAGUGUAAAAAGUAACAAUGUUAUUCUUCUUUAGUGUGGCUGAGCAGGUACACACUGUAUUCACAACUCUCGUGUUUACGGACCAAAAUUUAUUUUUUUUAUUUAUAGGUGCGCAUUCGUUGCCGCAAAAUGUCGUAACACGGGAUACCCUUAAUCGAGGACCACCUGACCUGUACUGUUGCGUUGACACUAACUCAACUAUGUCAUUGACGGAAGGGAACAUGGUUGGAAAUGAUUUUAUAGCCUUCAUUUUUAUACAUCGUCCAGCUUAGAAAAAGGCAUGUAGCUGAUAAACUGAUCAGAAAUGAUCACUGAGCUCACAAUGCAUUCAGUCAUGGCAUGAUCCAGUAUUGAUAUUGCAGCUUAAAUGCCAAAUUUAGACCAUUAAAGUGAAAAUUAAGCAUUUUUCUUUGGGAGAAGUGGACCCCCCCCCCCGACCCCCACAAUCCAACAAUUGUAAUAUUAAAUGAGUUGAAGAAGCUUGGCUGCAGUGUGCUAUCCUGAGAAUAACUAUUUAACAUGUAAAUGGUACACUGCCAAGCUAUUUGUAACAACAACAACAAAAAAAACGGCCACAAGGUUUCUGUCUGUGUGUGUGUGUGUGUAUAUAUAAAUAUAUAUUUGUCAGCAAUCUUAGUCUAGGCCAGGAUCAUCGUUGUCAUUUGUGAGGAGUUUUGCCUUUUCACUUCUCAUGCACAAUCUUAACCUUAUGUUAUUACUUUUGUUCAUGUUUGUAGAUCAUAUGUAAAAGCCUUUCAGUCAUUGAAUGAUGACUUAGUCUAUCCAGUCAUUCAUUUUGUUCCUAGAACGUUUUCUCUCUCUCGAUUUCUCUCUGUGGUACAAGCUGAUACUUUGCCUUGAUGUCAGCUUUUUUUUUUUCUCAAGUGAAAAUAUUUUUGAUAUAAUCUGUAUGGCACAAAUGUGUAUGCUCAAACCAAAGGUUCAUAAGCAAAACUCUUUCGUUGACUUGUAACUGGAAAGUAUCCAGCAAUAAGGCAGACCUUGGAUGCAUUUUUAUUUUUUAGGUCAAUUCUAGGAGGAUGUUGGUCACCACUGUGGGAACGUCUUCCUUCACGUCACAAUUUCUAUCUUUGAAACUCAAUACAGACUGUUGUCAUUUUACAAGUGCUCUUUUUUUUUCAUUUUCACCCGUUUAAAUAAGGGAUUUUAUAUUGUAUACUACAAAUGCAAACAGCUGGAUUAAAACCUGAAAUAUUCUCUCA